AUGAAGCAGACUGGUACCGUCCUUGCCCUUGCCGGCCUUGUCUCCAUGGCCCACGGCCACGGCUUCGUUACCUCUCCCAAGCCCCGUAUGCCUGGUUCCGCUUUCUCGGCGGCUUGUGGUCAGCAAAUGUACAACAACCAGGAGGCCGACAACUACGGCAACAUCCAGGGUGAACUGCAGGUUGCCAACGGCCAGAGCGACUACGAUGCCGCCAAGUGUAACGCCUGGCUCUGCAAGGGUUACAAGUUCGACGACAACAAGGACAACGUCUUCCAGUACACCCCUGGCCAGAAUCUCGACUUCACGGUCGACAUUCGUGCUCCUCACACCGGUGUUGCCAACGUCUCUGUCGUCGAUACCGCCUCCAACGCCGUCAUCGGCGAGGCCCUCAAGUCCUGGGAUGUCUAUGCCUCGACCGAGACUGGUGUCAAGGAGACCGACAAGAAGUUCAGCGUCACUCUCCCCAGCGACCUCGGCAACAAGUGCUCCGAGGCUGGUGCUUGUGUUCUCCAGUGGUACUGGUUCGCCGAGUCCAUCGAUCAGACCUAUGAGUCCUGCAUUGACUUCACCAUGAGCGGCUCGGGCUCGGGCUCCUCCUCUGGCUCCUCCUCUGCUGCCUCUUCCGCCGCCUCCACCGCUGCUGCUACUGCCUCCUCUACUGCCACCUCUACUGCCACCUCUACUGCCACCGGUGUCGCUGUCACUGCUACCCCCACCACUGGCAACAACGUCGCUGCCCCCAGCGGCUUUGCCACCAGCGCUAAGCCUUCCGCCACCUCUGCCCCUAGCUCUGCUGCUUCGACCGUCACUAUCCCCACCGACGGCACCGCAGAGGAGAAGCUCAACUGGGUCGCCAGUCUUCUGCAGACCCUCGUCAAGUACACUGCUUAA